CUGGAGAAAUCAAAUCCUUUUCAGUCUUUUCAGCCGACUGAAACUCACUAAAAUUUAAAAAACCACUUUAGUUUUUCAUGACAUUAAAGAAUCAAUGAAGACUUCAUCAUCGAGACGUCACACACACACACACAAACACACAGUGUGUGUCUCUGACCCCUCCCUCAGCUCCGUCACAGAGACACACUGUGUCGUCUAACUGGACAAUGAACACACACGCACACACACUCACAGGAUGGCUGCCGUCUCGCCUCGCCGCUGUCCAACGCCUCAGACCUUCAUCAUCUUCCUCUUCGUCCUGUCAGGUGGACAGUUUUCAUCUGUGUCCUGUUUUAAAGUGGCGGAGGGGGGCGUGGCCUCUCUGUCCUGUCAGUACUCGGUGAAGCGGUUCGGUCUGAGUCGGGUCUGCUGGGGUCGCGGCUGCGGGACCUUCUGGUGCAGCAACAUCCUGGUGCAGACGGACGAGCACGGUGUCAUCUCAAAGGUGUCGGACCGAUACCGGCUGACGGGGGAUGUCUUGGACGGACAACUGGACCUGGACAUCCUGAACGUGAGGCGGACGGACAGCGGGCCGUACUGCUGCAGGGUGGACAUCGACGGGAUCUUCAACGACAAGAAGGUGAUCAUGAACCUGAGGGUGGUCAGAGCUCCGGUCACCAGUUCUCCACCAACCACAACCACGUCAACAACUACCAGUCAAGUGACGGAGCCGUCGGCCACUACAGUAAACUGGAAAUCCCUGCUGUCGUCUCAGCUGGACCUUCUGAGGAGGAAUUCCACCCUGCUGCGCUCCGACACCAUCACUGUGGAGGAGUCUCUGCCGUCUCUGUCCCUUCAGAUCAAUGUUCCCGUCCUGUCUCUUUCUCUCACUGUGUUGCUGAUCUUGGCGGGAGUUUUUCUCUUUCUGGCCUUCAAACGUGGAAUUUACAGAAGAGCCUUAAAGACUGGCUGUUUCUCCUCUGAAGAACCUCCUCACAUCAUCUAUGAGAUCCGGAUGAGGCGACCAGUCCAGGAGAACAUCUACACCCUGGACUAGAGAGCCUCGCUCACACCUGGACCACACAUAAACUGUUGUGAUACAAAACACAGAAACUACAUUUUGUUUUAAUCAAAUUAAAUAAAUCAAACACACUCUUAUCCCACAUGUUUGUGGUCUGCAGAAGGUUUUAUUCAGUGUGUGAAAUACUCGAUUACAAUUAGGGUAAGCUACAUGUUAACAUCUCCCUUCAUCUGUGCUUCCAUAAGCACCGGGAAAAUAAACUAGAUUUAUUUAUUAAAGUGGAUGUUUAUGCCUACUUGGAGAAAACUCCUUCAAGGCCUUAUUGAGAUAUUGAGUUUACGAGAACAAGGUUGAUGCAAGGUCACACUGACCUUGACCUUUGACCAUCAAAAUCUUAUCAAUUCAUUCUCGAGUCCAAGUGAAUGUUUGUGCCAAAUUUGAAGGUAUUGCCUUGAUGUAUUCUUGAGAAAUUGCGUUCAUGACAACAAGAUGGAUGCAAGGUCACAGUGACCUUGACCUUUGACCAUAAAAAUUGAAUCAUUCUUGACUUCAUGUGGACGUUUGUGUCAAAAUUGAAGACAUUCCCUCAUGGUGUUAUUCAGAAAUGCAAGGCCACAGUGACCUUUGACCACCAAAAUGUAAUGAGUUCAAUAUUAAGUCCAAAUGUUAAUUUGUGCCAAAUUUGAAAAAAAAUUCUUUAAGGUGUUUUUUAAAUAUCGUGUUCCUGAGAAUGAGAUGGACGAGGUUACAAUGAACUUGACCUUUGACCAGUAUAAUCUAAUCAGUACAGCAUUGAGUCCAAGUGGACGUUUGUGCCAAAUUUAAGAAAUUCCCUUAAGGUGAUUGUGGCAUUAUAGAGAGAAUGAGACGGACGCAAGGUUUUAGUGACCUUGACCUCUGACAUUCAACCACCUAAUUCUUAUCAACUCAGUCUUGAGGCCAAGUGGAUGUUUGUGCCAAAUUUGAAAAAAAAAAAAAAAUCCCCUCAUGUUCAGGAGGAUGAGAUGUACAUAUGUGUGGAGAGGUGACCCAAAAACAUAAUACUUCUGACCACAGCAAUCCCCAGUGUGGAGGCAUAUUAAGGGCAGAAUUUGAAAACACACGCUCCUCCAGCAGCUCCUCCCUCUCUGUCAUGAGUCCCUCCCACAAGACAACCACGAUCAUGGACACCAGGCUCUCAGGAAGUGCACCGGACUUUAAAGCAAAUCUGACAUAGAGGCGAAACUGUCUAACAACUCUAGGGUCCGUCAUGUGAUGCCAACGGGCCCAAAAAGAAUUUUUCCCUGUAGACUUACACUGUAAAAUAGAUUCAGUCCAUUUGCUCUGACAACACUUAGAAUAUUUCUUUAAGUAAUAUUUUGAAAGAUGGAGGUACGUCACCCUCCACCGUCCUGUCCUCCGAAAUGACCCAACAACACAAACUGAACAAGGAGGAGGAGGAUUUUUGACUUAGUUUGGUCUUAUUAAUAAAAUCACUAGAUUGACAUAAACAGAUGUUCUGAGACAUUUUAUAAUAAAAAGAUUAUAUUCUACAAACGAUUAUAUUCUCAGCACAAAGUCUACAUUUCCACUAAAAUACCAACAACUGUCUUUGUGCUGCCUGAUCUGAAUGAACCUGUUUGUUCCUCCCACUGAAACACUCAGAAUUUCAAGGUCGGGAAAAAAACAAAUACUUUGAAACCCACAAAAAUGUUGAGAAACUCUUUUCUCCUCUUUCAGUUUGAUUACCGUUUGUUUCCUGACACAUGAGAGUGAGGAUUUAACUUUGUGUUUGCUUUAAAUGAUACUGGCACUGAAUUAUGACAAUAAUGAAACUUGUAUCUAAAGUUUUUUCUUUAAAACAUUAUUUUAAUAUUAUGCUUUUCGCCAUAUAAAAACAAACAACUCCAACAGUAUCAAUAAAACACAGCAGCAAAAACAAAGUAAACAUCUGACUUCAUGGUACAUGAUGAACACACUGUAACCUAUCAAGAUAUAUACUGCACAGACACAUAAAUGUGGAGAUACAGUAUAAAUGGGAUCACAGCAUAGCAUUUAUGUAUUCAUCUAAAUAUUUACAUAUAAAGAUAAUCUUGAUGGAUUGAGAAUAUUUUUGACCCUUUACACAUAAUUACACUUAAUCUUGCUACUCGUCAGUCUACUGCACUGCGCAUCAUCAACCCGGUGUGGUGGUAGCUAGCUUUGCCACUCAUUCAGCAAUUAUUGCUAGUCACGCCAUCCUGACUCAACAGCGUCGCUAUGGAAACAUUGUGCCAACCCUACAGGUCGCCUUGGUGAAUAAGAGGGCCAGUUUUUUAGCCGCAAACCCCCUUUAGCAUUGUUAACUAUAUCAUUACUGUUAGCACCAUUAGCAGUGUCAGGACUGCUAACGGUGCUAACACAAGGCUAAAGUGGGUUUUGUGGCUUGAAAUGAAGCCACUUAGUCACCGGGGCAACCUGGGGGGAGACUGGUGGUGGCUACCAUGUUUCUGCAGUUGUGCUGUGCCGGUGAAGGGACGGCACUCCCAGCGGUAACCUGAUGCUGCGUUCCAGGCAAGUUUCCGAGCCUGUAAGUCACCACUUCGAGUCACAACUCACAACUUCAUAGCAUACCAGGCAAGUCACGCCAAACUCUCAAAGCAACAUGGCGGACUGUGCGGGGUUUAUAUUUGUUUAUGAUCACUUCUGUCACCAAAGGUGCCACUUCCUUGCUCACUUGAGCGAAACGGAGGAGGAGAAAAGGCGCAUAAGGUCACAGAUGCUUUUAUACUUUUUAUUUUACGUUAUCUGUGUGUUUGGAAAUGUAUUUUGUAUUGAUUUAUUCUUGCACUGGAAACUAGCUGUUAGAGUGGCUGCCAAUAAUGUGUUAACAUUAAGGUUAUUUUAUGUCUAUUUCUCACCGUGUAUCACCUGCACACUGCAUUGUUUAGAGGAGUAAGGUCAUUGGUUUAGAGGGCUGUGUGACGUCAAAAAGCGUAACUGGGAGUGCAUCGAUCUGGUACGAGUUCACGGGUGGUAAGUUACGGGUUUGACUGCCGUUGCAGUGCACUUUCACGGGUAGAAGGUUGUAAAAACACGAGUUACAGGUUGCCUGGAAUGCAGCAUAAUUGCCAGUGACUCCCACCCAGAAUGGUUGGUGCGCAGUGCAGAGUGGCCAAGGCUAACAUUAGCUAACCAGUGGAGACUGGAAAGUGGGCAGUUAGCGCUAUAAAAAUAAUCAAUAAUUCACAACAAAGUCACAUUUUUCUUUUAAAAACCUGAAUAACAAAAAAGUCUCACUGUUUAAACUUAAACUGUCAGUUUGCCAAUUUUCAUUAUUCAAAUGUAUUUAAAGAAGUCAUCUACACUUUACAUGUUAGAUAUUCCUCUGGUAUUACUUGAACUCUGGGUUUGUGCCAUCCAAAAGUUCAACAUCUGAGAGCACCGAACAACUUGUGUAAUGUAAGAACUGAGUAAACAUUAAAAUUUCAAGUGGUAGUGCUGGUAUUUUGAAGCAGGGUUGUUUAAGGUAGGCCUAUCUGGAGUCAGUGUACAUACAGUAGAUGGCAGUUAGCUUACCCCCAGUUUGGAGAGGCAGACAGGAGUACCGCCAGAGCCUCAGUGACGUACUGCUGUGGACAGGGGCAGCAGAAAAACUGAUAGCACUUAAACUGAUACAGAUUUAUGCUGCUUUACUUAUUAAACACAAUCACCACUGACACCCUAUAUUGUUUUUGAAUGUAACUGAAGUACAUCUCCACUAUUGCCCCGGAUGUCUUUCCUUAUCUCCAGGGUAGUUGGUGGAGGGCCGCUCCAUUUUAAAAAAUUUAUACUUCUGCCUUGAAUCAAUGCUGUUGGAAAGGCAAAGGUUCUGUGCCGACACCGUAGCCUGGCGUGCACCUCUCCAGAAAUGUACACGCCACGGCAAUGCAGACCUCCUGUUUAUUUCCCUCAGUGGGAACAAAGCUUUUAACUUUAAUUUCACAGAUAAGAAACAAUAAAUUGUGAAGACAAUAAAGCCUUGUCUUGUGUGUGAUUUAUCCUGGCUUCAUAUGAGCAAAGGAAAUCUCUGCUCGUCGCUUGGCUAAUUUAUGCAGUGUAAAAUGCCAUAGGCUUGUGCUAAUAACGUUAGCAUGCUAUAUUUAUUUGGAGAAUGUGUUUAGUAUAAGACAAAUGUUUUGUCAGUGAACCUUGUGAGUUGUAAUGGAGCCGAAUUAUGUAAUGUUACCUUUGUUAAAUGUUGCUGUUGUCCCUGGCUUCAUAUCAGAAGAGGAAAAGUUUGCUGGCUACUAGGCUAAUUUAUACAAUGUAAAAUGCCAUAGACUUGUGCUAAUAACGUUAGCAUGUUGUAUUUGUGGGGAA